AUGGCUACCACCACCGACCAUCUUUCCGGCCACCCCGGCCAUCUCAACGAGGCCCAGCAGACCGCCCUCACCCAGUUCCGCGAAAACCUCACCAAAGACGCGCUCAUCCCCGCCGACAGGGACACGGUCGUGCAGACCCUCGGCUAUGACCGUUUCGACGACCAGACCUUGCUGCGAUUCUUGAGGGCGCGCAAGUUUGACUUGGUCAGGGCCCAGGCGAUGUGGGCGGAUAAUGAGAAGUGGAGGAAGGAGUUUGGGGCGGAUGAGAUUGCUGCCAACGGUUUCGACUAUCCCGAAGGCCGCGAAGUCACAAAGUACUACCCCCAAUUCUACCACAAGACCGACCGCGAGGGCCGUCCCGUCUACAUCGAGCAGCUCGGCAAACUCGACGUCAACAAGCUCUACGCGCUCACCAACCAGGACCGCCAGCUCAAGAAGCUCGUCAGCGAGUAUGAGCUGUUUUUGAAGGAUAGGCUGCCUGCUUCGAGCAAGGAGAGCGGGCAUUUGGUGGAGACGAGCUGUACUAUUAUGGACUUGUACAAUGCGGGUAUUUCUACCUUUUACAAGGUCAAGGACUACGUCUCUGCCGCUUCCUCUGUUGGCCAGAACAACUACCCCGAAACAAUGGGUCAUAUGUUUAUCAUCAACGCGCCAUACCUCUUCUCCACCGUCUGGUCCCUCAUCAAACCCUGGCUCGACGAAGCCACCGUCCGCAAGAUCCACAUCCUCGGCAAAAACUACAAAAAGGAGCUCCAAGAGUAUAUCCCCGCGGAGAACUUGCCGGCGAGCUUGGGGGGUACUUGUAAUUGUGCGGGAGGUUGCGAGUAUAGUAAUGCGGGGCCUUGGAACCCGACUUCUCAGGCUUAG